AUAUCACCCGCAGUGCUCACUUGUCAGAUCGUAUCAGUGAACAUAUACCGUUACUUUGGACGUUAUGGUUAAAGAGAUUUUAGUGUCUUUAUUGUGUUAAAGGAUGUGGGACCCAUACUUCCACAGUGACGCUGAUUGCGAAUAGCUAUCGACAGCCCAUAACCUCAACAGUUAAUACAGCAUCGUAAACAGACUGGGUGUGCCAGUGUCAUUAUGAUACGGAUUAUGUUUUAACGAAAUGAAACGUAGCUCUGAAUUGCUGCUUGGUUCAUGCUGUUUUAAACUAAAACACAAGGACAAUAGUGAUUUUAAUCAACAUUACUUUAGGCCUAUAUAUAGCAUGUCGUUAGAUGUGGCGAACCAUCGACUGUACAUUCGGAGUGGAAGUAAAAUGCGGAUGUGAAGGCUUCAUUGGCUGCAGUUGUUAACUGACAAACAUGUACUUCAGCAAACUGAUGUGUUGAGCUUGCCGAUUCAUUUUGGUGCACCCAAUCAGAAGAACCACAAGCUGACAAUCUUUUAAUGAGACGUAGCUGUGAAGUGUUGUAGUUAAUGUGAUACCCAAUUCAACUACUACAGUAAUUCUAAGUGGAUUCCCAAGGUAGUUUUUUUGCUGUUGUCUUCAGCAGUUGAAUGUCAUAUCGCACGUCUUCUUACAUUUCUGCAGUUUUGACAGUGCACUUGGGACAUGAGAAUGAUUAAUUGGAUUUCAAGUGGAUAAUAAAAUACAGAAGGACAUCAUAAUUGAUCAGAUUUGCCCUUAAAUAGAGUUAAUAAUUUCAAAAUUGUCAGUUCGUCGAAUUAUUUUAGAGUAAUUGUAAUAUUAUAGCUACAGGAGAGAGUAUUGCGUAAUUUAUGUUUAUGAAUGGAUAAUAUAAUCGUGAAAUGAGAAACAAAUUUCGAAUUUCGAUAUAUCUCGCUGAGUAUAAAUGUUGAGGACACUGUAGCGCAACAGGGACACACAUCACGUGCACAAAUUGAAUCAUGUGGCGGCGAAGUCUUGUAAAAGAAAUGUAUUGUGCACAUAAAAUGAGUUGUUCUAGUGAGAAUUUUGUUGUGCCGUAAUGAACGCUGACAAGAUGUACGUGAAUGUGUUUGAAUCAUUUUCGAAAUUAUCCCGAUUGAGUGGACAGAUUUGUUUGAUUGUAUUUCCAUAACUGUCGCUUGUCAUCAUGGAUACCGGAGUCGACAGUGCGUUGACAAGUGCGUCACGGCGUACGAAACUUUGCCGGAAACUGUCUCGGCGCCUGUCGCUGGUCACCAAAGUGCCAAAUAUGAUCGGCGUGAGACUCAGACAAGAACUCGGCGGAUCACGUGACUCACCGCGCACCGGUAGGGGGUCCCAGCACAAGAACUUGGAGAUAACUGCGAUAGCACCGGAUAAGACGCAGAGAAUUUUACCUGCGACAUCUCCUACAGCAGUUCGAGACCUCAUUGCGCCCAUAGUGCAAGAGUUCGCGCUCUCUGAGUGUCGACUACUGUUGGCUGGCUCCAUGGCCAGGGUCAACCCCGAUGCUGACGUGAGCCUCUUAGAAGGCGACAUCCUCCUAAUAGAAGAUGUGAAUAAGCCGCAGGACCCACGUGGAGAGUCCGAUGUUCGGUUCCGACUGACAGAGAUGCUACUCAAUGAAGAACAGGAGUACAGCGCGCUGUUGGGGUCGGCCGGAGAAUUGUAUGGUGGUCCGCUUAAAAAGCUAUCUAGUCUGAGUGCCGAUGAGCAUCUCCUGCUGUUCGGCGGGCUUGCCGGACUUGCAGACAUUUCCAAACAACUGUGCAACCAGAUUCAGGAAGUUCUAGAUUCUUGGGAUCCGGAAAGUUCCACAGUCGGUCAGCUCUUCUCGAAGCAACUGUGGGCCGAAUACGACCGAUAUCAGGACGAGUACCGGGAAGCAAGGCAGUUGCUGCGGGACAAGACGGCAACUGAUGACGAGUUCGUAGAGUUCUGCAAACUGCGUCGGGGAGCUGCGCGGGACACACUCGGAGCGCUUCUGGACUUACCGGUGCAAAGGCUGGCUCAGUAUGAACAGUACUUUCAGUCCAUCCUCUGCGAGAGCCACCAUGACCAUACGGACCAUGAAAAUAUCUGCAGGGCAACGGCGAAAGCCAAACAGGCGGUGAAACGUGGACAAGAAGAAAGUGACUUGGAACGUAUUCAAGAUCUGUUCCCGAACGACUGUCUCAGACUUUACGAUAAAGAUGUUAUAACAAUGAAGAUGAAAGGGCUCAUCCGCAAGCGGUCAGCGACCGCUGCCCGUCUGCAGAGAGCACUGUCUUCCAAGACCCAGAGACCCGGGGCUGGAGACAGCCCCAGUGACACGACUGGUGGUCCGCAGACCCCGGGCAACAGGGACCAAGGUUUGCCCCGCUCCGGCCAGGACAAACGGCAGUUCCUGAUGGAAGCUCCAGUCCAGUUGACAACGGGCGUGCAGAGUCAGGAACGUCACCUGUUCCUUUUCAACGACCUCCUCCUAGUGGCCAAGGCGCGUUCUGGCGGCCACUUCAAGCUCAAGGAGAAGGUACGCGUGUCGGAACUGUGGCUCACAAAGGUUGCCAUGCAUGACGUCAUGGAGGUGAACAAGUCCCUGGAGACAUCCUUUGUGAUGGGUUGGCCUACCACCAACGUGGUCGCCACAUUCGGCACGCAAGCAGCGCGAGAUCUUUGGUGGAGCAAACUGAAUGAAGUGAAGGAUUGUGAGCGAAGCAAAGAACCACAGGCCACCAAUGUCCAACUACUGUACUAUGACUGCGCCACCAGCAUUGAAUAUUGCAAGACAUUCAGUGUGGGUCCUGAGGAGACAGCCCGCACCUGUAUAAGAUUAGCACUGGAGCACCUGGAGAUGCGGGGCUUGGAUCCAGAUGAUUUUCAGCUGUGGGCUAAGACAGCACGUGAGGAAGCUCCUUAUCCACUUAUUGGUCAUGAGCGCCCUUUUGCAAUCAAGUUGAGCUGCCUGCGUGAUGGGCUCAGCACUGAGGAGGGCUUUGACUUGGAUCAUUGUAACAAUGUACAUGGGCCUGACCCUCUAGCCAAGUGCCAGUUCAUACUCAGGAGCAAGAGAAAGUCAGGCGAAUGCUGUAAUGAUCCAAAGAAGACUGCAGGCCUGACUAAUGGUGGCAAGAAGAGUCGAAAAUCACCAAUGAGAAUUCGCCAAGUGUUCAGACGAAGCACCAGUAAAGGAGAGGACUGCACUGACUGCCCUAGUCCUAUAUCUCCAGUAGCUACAGGGACCCUCUUUGGCAUUCCACUCAACAGGCUUGGAGAUCCAGACACAAUCCCUCGACCAGUCAUGGCAAUGCUACAACAAGUAUUCAUUAAGGGUCCAUUCACACAAGGUAUCUUCCGAAAAUCAGCAAAUGCACGACUAGUGAGGGAACUGAGGGAGCAACUGGACAGUGGACAGGAGCUCGCACUGGAACACAUCCCUGUCCUGGCUGUUGCUGCACUGCUCAAGGAAUUCCUUCGUUCUUUGCCAGAUCCUCUGCUUGGUGCUGCUCUCUAUCCACUGUACAUGGAAGCUCUGGAGUGCAGAGAAGAACAAGAGAAACUGAUUAGGGUUAAAAGCGUGCUUGAGCAACUGCCUCGAUCCAGUGUAACACUGCUGAGUCACUUUCUCUGUGUCCUGCACCAUAUUGCCCGUCGAGCUGCACACAAUCUUAUGUCUGCUGCUAACUUAGGCGUCUGUGUUGGACCAAGCCUCUUAUGGGCGCAUACACCUACUCCUGCCAGUUCACGGGCUGUCCCGAAUCUGGUGGAGCUCCUUGUAGUCCGCUGUGAACUAUUACUUGGCCCACAUGUACCUCUGCUGCUGGGCGACCCUCCAGAAAGGGACCUGACCCGACAGGACUCUGGUGCUGAAGAGUCUGACAGUCUGCAUUCUGGUGGACUGAGGCGAGAUGACUCCUCCAUUGAUAGCCUGGAAAGGGAAUUGCUGGAGCCAUGCCCACCACCAAGGAAGGAUAAGAUGUCACUGAGUCGAGAUUCAGGUCUCACAAUGUCCGACUCACAGUUGUACACUCCAGAUGAAGAAGAGAGUGGGUCCACAAGUUCAGGUUCAGGGAGAGCUCUGUUCCCUCCCACCCAGCAGCUCAGUUGCUAUGACAUUCACGCGCACAAUAAGGUCACAUCCUCCUAUUCGGUUCCAGCGGCCACUUCGACGCCAACAUCUAGACCAGUACCAGAAUCUCAGCCUAUGAUUAACAGUGCGCUAGCUCGGGAAUAUGUUCGUGUGUAUGGUGGGUGGGAAGAGCGUGUUCAGGAGUGUUGUAGCCGCUCCCCCUGGUCUGAAGACUCUAUCUAUGCUCGCCCUGCUCAACAGUCUGGACCCAAUCAGACAGGAAUCAUUAACCCAAACUUCCAGCGUCAGGAUUGGUUCCGUCAGCGCUCACACCUUAAGAGACUUAACAGUGGGGGCAGUGGAAGUGGGGGUGGGGGAAGUGUAAAAACAGGUACUCAGACCACAUCAGGUUCUAGCAGUGGUAGUGCAUCCUCAGGAGUAGGGGGGCUGCAUAGACAUGCUUACCGUAGCCCAGGACCUGGCAUGAGGAGGAGUGCAUCAGAUGAAUCCCUGCUGAAUGACACAGCCACAGAACAGCAAAUGUACAGUGAACAUGAUGUGCCAGGACUGCUCAAAAAACGUGCAUUACACCGCAAGGGAAGGGCACCACCACCUCCUCCUCCACUUCCUUCUGAGCCACAAGAGACUACUUACUCAUGUUACUCAGGAUCCCCAAUGUUACGAUCAAAAUCAGCGCAUCUCUUAUGUGAGACUGAAACAUCUACAUGUGCUUACCUGUCUCAUGAGAUAUCAGGAACUUCGUUACAGUGUUCUGAUAUGGGUUCGGGGCAUCAUAAAGCAUUACGUGUUACUCCACCUCCAGAAGAUUGGUCCCGUUCACACUCCACACCGCACAUUGCAGCUACCUCUUUGGAAGAUGCCGAUCGAUCUUAUGACUCCAGCACACUCUCAGAUGACGACUCAACACCACAUGUGUCACGUUCUAACUCACGUGGUAAAGACUGUGCUGCAGCCAAUUCAGCCUGGGAGAGUGCUUAUGGAUCCUCCCCUGCUCCAGAGUUGCUUGUUCAUGCAGCCCCUAUUAACAUUCAUGAGGAAACCAGCAAUGGUUCUGAUCAGCGACCCCCUCCCCCUGUGCCGCCAUCACCUCCACGUCACCAUGCAUCAAUAUCAGAUACUUCUGCACCACCUCUGCCUCCAAAACGCUUAUCAACUGAUGUUAAACUUCGCCACCUGCCCCCUGUCCAUGUUGAGAGUCCAACAUCUCGCCACAGUACAGCUGCUGAAGAAGUGAUUUCAUGGGAUUGGAUGGAUGGGAAGAGUAUAGUCAGAAAAUCUCCUGAGCGAAAAGGUAGACUGAAGCGUAGGGAUAUGGGGGCUCGGACAUCCCAGAGAUCAAAGUCUCUGCCACCACCUCCUGGGGAGUCCAGAACUGAAAAUGUUGUAGAGGAUGGAACUGAAACAUCUGAAUGCAUCCAAAAUCAGUCAACUGCAACUAGCUUGCGAGGGGAAAUUUCUUGGAGUGUGUCACAAUUGCGGAACUUAUUUGCUGAAAGCACACGCCCACCACCUUACCGGCCACCUCCAAGUGUUAUCCCCAGUCAUCGUGCUCCAAUCACAUCUUACCAUCUGGGCAACAGCAGCCAGUCAGAACGUUAUGUUGUUUCACAGAGGCUACUAUUGGACCCAGGACCAAGACUGCGUGGUCUUGAUUCCACAGAUGAAGAAGAGUCAUAUGUUUGAGCCUGCGUUCUUUGCGGAGUAACAGAGUACCUGAGGGGUGUGGUGUGGAUGAGACAGUACAUAGAAGGCAAAUCUGUGUAGCCAGUUGUGUGCUCAGGUCUUCAGUAGAAGUCCCUGUGCAGUGUCUCAUAUAAGAGCCAGUUACCACUUUUUAUGCAAAACACUUAUUUUCUUGUUUCUGUAUGUUAUAUUGCAAAGUUCUGAUGUGUUCUGUAUUGUAUGUAGCCUUAAAAGGCAGACUGAGCAGUAUUUCAAGAACCCAGUUUAAUAUUAGCCAUUCCAUUCACUCGUGACAGGAUAGUCAAAGAUGAAUUAACCAUUUUUUAUGUCAGAUUAAUACAUGCUCUUGUAAAUUCACUAUAAAAGUAGCAUUUGAUAUUUUUAAUGUAAUCUUGUUAGAUAUAGCAAUAUUCUUUCAUAUAAAUGCAUUGGAAUGCA